UAGGGAUUUAGUUGGUGGCGGCCCAACGGAGUCGACGAGACGACCUCCGUACAACAACAACAACAGCGGAACGAGAAGUCUCCCCUGAUCUGUGCUCUGGCACGUCUGAACGAUGAAGGCCAAAAACUUUCGGAAACGAAGCCUGGAUCCCGGAUGUGAAGACGAGGACGAAGACAGCCAAAAAAGAUUGUCUUUGGCCUUGGAGGAGGUGAAGUUCCUCCAGAGACAGAGAGAGAAGAAAUCCGGAAUGCCCGCUCUACCAACACCGUCCCCCUCUGCUGCUGCUGCUGCUGCUGCAGCCGGUGGCGCCUCCAAACCCAACUCUUCUGGUUUGGCUCGCAACAUUAAUGAUAAGACUGACGGCGGUGAUGUUGAGAAGGACGACUUGGUUUUGCAGGACACAUUUGCUCAAGAAACUGCUGUCAUGGUCGAGGAUCCUAACAUGUUAAGAUAUGUAGAACAAGAAUUAGCGAAGAAAAGGGGCAGAAGUGUUGAUGUUGAAAAUCAAGUUGAAAAUGAUGUGAAGCAUGCAGAGGACGAGCUGUAUAAAAUUCCAGAACAUCUGAGAGUCAAGAGACGAAACUCAGAAGAAAACUCUACUCAAUGGACCACAGGGAUUGCAGAAGUUCAGCUUCCUAUAGAGUACAAAUUAAAGAAUAUUGAAGAAACUGAAGCUGCCAAAAAGCUUUUACAGGAAAAGAGGUUUGUUGGUCGUGCAAAGCCAGAGUCCAGCCUUCCCUCAAGUUUCAGUGCAGACUUUUUUCAACGUGGCAGGGACUACACUGAAAAACUUAAAAAAGAAAAUCCUCCGGCAGCAGCAGUGGCUAAGGGAGUGAGUGAUGGUGGUUGGGAAGCUAGAUAUUCUGAUUCAGUGCCUCCUGCUGAUGCUGCGAGUCGGAGGCAAGCUGCCACAGAUGAGUUCAUGCUGGAACGAUUCCGGAAACGAGAAAGACAGCGUCUAGUCCGGAGAUAGCUCAUACAUGCACUUGUGCUUUGUGUUUUCAUUAUUCAAGGCCAUCAUCCAUUCUAGGCUCUUCUGCAGAGAGUGUGGUGGAGGAUAAAUUGUAGUAAUCAAUAUCUUUGAGUGGAUUUUUGGGAGUGUGUUUGGUGAUAUGUUGCUGGUUGAAUCACUUGGAAUGGCUGAGGACUUUGGUUGAAUGCGUGGUAGCAGUAGUUGUGGCAUUGGAAGGAGACUCGUUACAGUCAUGAUGAUGAAUUGAUGAUAUAUAUAUAUAGCACAGAUCACUAAAUUACUAUACAACACAAACGGGAAGAGAUGGCUCUAAGUUUAGUUGGAGCAACCUCUGAAUGCCCACCGGUGAAUGUCAUCGAGGAUGCAGUGUUUUAUGGUGAAUAAAUAUCAUGGAUGCUAUGUCGUAUAACCAGAAGGCUUAGGCAAGUUAUUUUGAGAGAUUAGGUUGGAUCCUGUUGUGUGAUUUUGAGUAAUUACAAAUAGUAUUAGCUAUCGUAAUCGGUGGUAUUUGUUUAUUUGAUGUAAUUAAAGUUUGUAACUAUUCUAAGCUAUAAAAUACUGUAAGGAUUUCUUUCGUUU